GGGGAUAUUCAUCUGCUUGAUUAGGGGCUUAAGAAUGUAGACCUAGGAAUAGAAUAGAACUAGCUAGUCGACUCCGUGAUACGAAGUUGAAAUGAAGGGGCGAACACGUAUAUGUAACUCUUUUCCUCGUAGAACAACUGAUCUUCUUCUAGAUACAAUCUUGAUACGAAGGAGCGGACAUGGACUUGGGACAUGGUCGAUUAGACCAUUAACACCAUGCACUCCAUUUUCGAGAACGGUAACGAAAACAUAAGGAGGUUGAAGGUCUAUUAUUGACAAAAUAAAGUUUUUGUGGUUUUCUGUGAUAGGUUGAAUGGUAAGAAUACAUUCAAUAAACAUAUCAACGAAUCCAACCUUUUCUCCCCACGACAAUAAACAAUUCUUGAAGCUUCAUAUAAUACAACGCGUCAAUUACUACUGCUGAUAAAAUCCAGCCCAAGCUUACUUCAUUGAACCUUAUUUCGCAUUACAAAAUCUCUGCAUUGCAAUCUCCAAAAGGGUCUGUCGACGCGACGCGUGUUGCUACAAUGGCUGUUCAUGAUGUUGCCCCGGGCUACAUUACUUUCGAAAGUAGAGUGGCAUCUUACCGUCAUGCACAACCCAUUACUGGUCGUAGGACGUCGACUACUGGAUCGAAAGCUCCAAAAAGUCUCAAAUGGCCACACAAAUCCCUGCUACCAGAAGAACUUGCAAAAGCAGGUUUCUUUUUCUAUCCUUCGCAAACCAAUCCUGACAAUUGCGCUUGCUUUCUCUGCCAUAGAUCUAUUGAUGCCUGGGAGGAAGGUGAUGAUCCAUUGAAGGAACAUUUAAAGCAUUCACCAAACUGUGGAUGGGCGAUUGUUGCCUCGAUUGAGGCACAAGAUGAAGAAUUGAGCAGGGAAUUUCCUGCUAGCUUAAGAAUGGUCGAGGCUAGAACUGCGACAUUUGCAGGAAAAUGGCCUCACGAAGCAAAGAGGGGUUGGAAAUGCAAGACUAAGCAGUUAGUCAAUGCUGGGUGGAAAUAUACUCCAACCGCAGAGUCGAAUGAUAUGGCUACUUGUACUUAUUGUUCAUUGGCAUUGGAUGGAUGGGAGCCAUCCGACAAACCAUUGGAUGAACAUUUUAAUCGAUCACCCGAAUGUCCUUUCUUCAUACUUAUCGACGAGCAUAACUCGGAACUUGCUCUGAAGAAAUCUACUGCCAAAAGGGGCAGGGCAUCGAAAGCAUCGCGAUUAUCUACACAAUCUGCUGUUACUAUUGCUAGUGAUGCAGAUGUUGAAGAGGGGGAUAGUAUCAUGUCUACAGCUACAACAAAGGGCAAAGCAUCUGGGCCAAAAGGUCGAAAGGCCUCGGCCAAAAAGGCCGCCCCAGCUCAAUCAUCUAUACAGUCCGCUAGUGAUGUUCCUAGUGAUGAAGUUGUCGAAGACGGAGACAGUAUUAUGUCUACAGCAACAACAAAAGGCAAAUCAUCUGGACCCAAAGGUCGAAAGGUUUUGGCUAAAAAGGCCGCCCCAGCGCCAUCAUCUACACAGUCCGCUAUUGACGUUGCUAGCGAUGUAGCUGCCGAAGAGGAAGACAGUAUCAUGUCUACAGCAACAACGAAAGUGAAGACGUCUGCACUCAAAGGUCGCAAGGCUACGGCUAAGAAAGUCGAACCAAUUGAGGCUCCUAAAGUCCCAGCAGCAUCUUCUACUCGUGGGAGAAAGAGGAAGAGUGACGACGAGAUGUCUCAACCUGACCUUCCGAAUCCCCAACCUAAGAAACGUACUACAAGGGCUAGUACGGCGCAAGUUGUUAUUCCUCAAGCAUCCGCUGCACCACUACGAGCACCAACCUUUAUAGACUUGCAGAACCAAGCAGAAGCUGCGGACUUGCUUUGGAUAGAAGGAUCUCCACCAGAAUCUCCACCGGGAUCUCCACCAGCAUCUCUACCAGCAUCUCUACCAGGAUCCCCACCCCCCUUGUCACCACCCCAAUCUCCACUCGCGGACAACCAAUUUUCAGACACAGAACAUCAAUCUUCAGAUGCAGAAAACCAGUUCCCUGAAAGACCUAAUACUCCUCCAAAUCAAGGUUCUAUAGCACCCAAAACUACUAAGCAAUGGGAGCCCGUAGAUGCUGAGAUGUUUUUCGGCGAAGAAGAACAUGAACAUUUCUUGCAAGCAUUGUCGAAUCUUAAGACAGGGAAUCUAACCAAAGCGGAAAGUCAAAUGUCGGUGGAGCAAUGGAUUUACCAUACGGCAACGGUUGCUCAAGGAAAACUUCUUGACGAAUGCGAGCGAAUGGUAGCAGCAUUUGAGGCCGAGGGCAUGAAGGCGCUGUCUUGUCUGGAAGCAAUGGAAAUUGUUUGAACUUGAUUUCAACAGUGUAUGAGCUUGGAAUAUGUUCAGAUCGGACUUGGAUAAGUCCCUUUGGGAAAAUGGGGGCAUUGGCGUUUGAGCGGGCUUGUUUUUACUCUUUCAUAAACUAAAUAUUAUACCCCGUAUCAAGACUAUCA